AUGUUUGUUCCGUGCGACCGCGCCGCCGGCCCCGACCUGCGCGGCUUCACUCUGCUCGUGCCUGCAGUGUCAGUGGGAAAUGUUGGUCAACUGGCAAUAGACCUAGUGAUUUCCACGCUUGAAAUGACUAAAAUUGGCUAUUUCUACACUGAUUGCCUUGUGCCAAUGGUUGGGAAUAAUCCAUACGCAACUGCAGAAGAAAACUCAACAGAGCUGAGCAUAAAUGCAGAAGUAUAUGCGUUACCUUCAAGGAAACUUGUAGUUCUGCAGAUCAGAUCACCUUUUGUAAAGAACAAAUACAGGGCAUUUUCUGAAGCAUUGCUUGCGUGGGUGCUAAGCAGCAAAUGUGCAAGGGUUAUUCUUCUGUCAAGCAGCCAUGCAUACCAGCGUGAUGAUGAGCAACUUCUCGGGACUCCACUACGCUACCUACUUACACCUGCUCUUGAGGAAUCAGUGGCAGGCCUUAUGCAGGGAUUAAAAUGGAAAGAAAUGGAAAAAGUAGCAGUCUACCCUGGAGUAAAUGAUACAGAGAAAGUUCUAAAUAUUCCUGGAGGUGGCAUCACAAAACUGCUGUUCACCGAGUGUUGUUCAAAAGGAAUCCAAAUGGCAGUUCUUCUGAAAUUCUGCUCUGAAGGGGACAAUAUCCCUGAUGCCUUUGCUCUUGUUAACUAUCUUAAUGAAUGGCUCCAGCUAAUUAAAUGUGAAAGCAACAAUUCUACAGCUACUUCUUCACAGUGGAAAAUACCAAGUUCUUGGCGCUUGCUUUUUGGCAGUGGUCUCCCACCUGCGCUCUUCUAA